CGUGUGGAGGACGUGCUGGGGCCUGUGUCUAAAUUGCUUUGGAGUGUUUAUUGAGUCUGUGUCUGCAAGACCUGAGUUCCAGGGAUUAAUCACUGUCCACUGAGGAAAUGAGUCCGGGGUGCACAGAGGGGGUGGAAUAUGAGAUGGGGAGGGGCCAGACAAGGGCUGCAGAAGGUGGCCAGUGGGGCUGGCUGGCCAUCCACUCUGCAUGUCACUUAUGUCACUUCCACAUGGCCACAGAGCACUGGGUGGAAAGCCCUAGAGAUCCUAGAGGGCCUUCAACCCUCAAAGGAAAAUUUGUUGUUUUUUGUCCCGAUGUUUUCAGUUCCAAGAGCCUUGCCAUUCAAGCUCAGAAGAAGAUUCUGAGCAAAAUAGCCAGCAAAACUGUGGCCAGCAUGUUGAUUGAUGACACCAGCAGUGAGAUCUUUGACGAGCUCUACAAAGUCACCAAAGAGCACACCCGCAACAAGAAGGAGGCCCACAAGAUCAUGAAAGACUUAAUCAAGGUGGCAAUCAAAAUUGGGAUCCUCUACCGGAACAACCAGUUCAACCAGGAGGAGGUUGCCAUCGUGGAGAAGUUCAGGAAGAAGCUGAACCAGACCGCCAUGACCAUCAUCAGCUUCUAUGAGGUGGAAUACACCUUCGACAAGAACGUGCUCUCCAAGCUCUUACAUGAGUGCAAGGACCUGGUGCAUGAACUGGUGCAGCGACACCUGACACCCAGGACCCAUGGGCGCAUCAACCACGUCUUCAACCACUUUGCUGAUGUAGAGUUCCUCUCUACCCUUUAUAGUCUGGAUGGAAACUGUAGACCCAACCUCAAGAGGAUUUGUGAAGGAAUCCAUAAAUUGCUCGAUGAGAACGUCCUUUGAAUAUCUUCGUUCUUCCUGGACUUUGCUGCGUUCAUGCUACAGCACCCAGCGUGGUCUGGGUGAGAAUCAAGACAACAGGAAGACACCCUUGUCAAAGACACACCCAUGUUCUGUCCUUUUCUUCCCUCCAGUGUUGAUGUAGAAUCGAGCUCGGGUGGGUUUAUUCCCUGAGCUCGUUGAUGAGGUCUGUACUUAAAAGUCACCUUUGUCUGCAAGCCCAAAGGAAAUUUCAUCUGUUCUACGCAGAAAGGCUGCCCUGCUCUUCCAGGAGACCUCAGUUCCUCUUGUGGAGUGGAAGGAGCCCUGGACUAGGAGUCGGAGGACAUGGGUUUGGUUUCCAGCUUCACCAGUUACGACUCCUCUGUCCUCUGGGUCCUGGAACCAGAAUGCCCGCCUGCCUGCCUCCCAGGGCUGCUCUAAGGAUCAAAUGAAACAGUGUAUGUUCACACUUUUGAAAACACUAAUGUAGGGUCUUACUUUCUCUUCAGUGUGUGAGAGGGACCAACCUGGAUCCAGACUACCAUGAGGCAAAGAACAGAACAAUAGUCUCUGGUGGUCUGGGUGUACAGUCUGUCUCUAGAUGUGCUAUUUCAAACAAAUGGGAAAUGAAUCUAAAGAUGUGAAAAAAUAUAGCUGCAAAUUGGGAAAGUGUUUUUCAGAAGCUAUCUUUUAGGUCUCAGAUGUGAAGAUUCAUGAUCCUCCAGUGGGUGAGUGGAGCUCGCCCCCCGUUGCACAGAUGCCAAACUGUGCUCCACCUGCAGGACCGGCUGUCCCCCAUCCACGGGCACAGUCCAUGAGACACGGAGGGCUUAUUCUGGCAUGCACAAGCGAGUCUGGCAAAAUGAACCUCCUGUCUGUCUUUCUGGACCCUUCAUAGUCAUUUUGUGCUGUUUUCUCUGGUUCAUUAAUAAAUUGAAACUACCCCUCCAACAAGUGGUUUUGGAAUUGUGAUUCAAAAAUAAAAUCCCUUGGAGUUA